AUGGACCUCUCCACAGAGACAACCAAGCGCGAAGGCUCCGUGCACCAUGACACUCACGCGACGCCGCCGGAGUUCAUCCAGAAGGAACAUUGGCGAUAUCAAAGCAUGCGAAAAGCAGAGCUCGUGAGCGACCCGCAUGUGUUCGACCUCAGCAAACGAAAUGACUUCACUGAAGAGCAGAAGGCUAUUUGGCGUCCUGCUGGAGCCAUUCCCGCUGCACGAAUCGAAGCCGCAUGUCAGGCUUAUGCCACCGGGAAGCCACUUUCUGCGUCGGUAGAGGAUGCGCAGAUAUUCGAGCAUCGGGAUUUUCCCGGUCUGCAGGUCAUAUCGAGACUUCUUCCCCCUGAAACACAGGUCUUGUUCACCUCGUGUCUUAUGCACCGAGAUUUGGCGAAUCCCAGUCACAAGAUUAACCUACAGACGGAUUAUGAUAUUCCCUAUCCGCCAAGACCAACAUCAGAAGCUGGUCGUUUCGAUAGCAAUUUCUUUCUUCGCGAGCGGGCAGCGGAAGAAGAUUUUUUAGUACCAAAGAUGCCCGGUAAACAAAAACCUCUCAACAACGAACAGUUCCUGUACACCAAACUUCGGUGGCUCACGCUUGGCGAACAAUACGACUGGCCGACACGCAGCUACGCCAAACAUGCGACACCAUUCCCUGAGGAUCUCUCAACACUAGUCACGGGUCUCUUCCCGCAUAUUCGUCCCCAGUCUGGUGUCGUCUUGAUGUACUCUACGAAGGACUUCAUGCCCGUCCAUCGCGAUGUGAGCGAGCAAUGUCAACGCGCGCUCGCUAGUUUCAGUGUUGGCUGCGACGGUAUAUUCAUCAUGGCACGCGGCGAAGAUAACGGAGAAGGGGAGAACGCACCGAGAACAGUUGCUAUAAGGGUCCACAGUGGUGAUUGUGUCCAUCUCACCGGAGAAGCAAGGUGGGCCUGGCAUGCUAUGGCACGAACCAUUCCAGGUACUUGUCCAUCGCACCUUGCGAGCUGGCCUGUCGGAACCCCCGGCGCAACGACAGCUGAGGAAAAGGCGUAUAAGAAGUGGAAGGGAUACAUGGGAACGAAGCGGAUCAACGUCAGCUGCCGUCAGGUGUGGGAUUGAGAGUCAUUUCACUAUCAACGGACGCUAAGGUAACGUGCCACUAUUGCGGGUUCCAAUAUGGCGGACUCGACUCCUUACACGAAGCGAAAACUCCUUGCCCGUGCUUUUGGGACCACAAGCUAUACGAUUUAGAUCGUAGCGUAACGGCUUAGCGGCCGGAGCUAUUUUCAAGUCCAUUUUCAAUGGUUCUUCAGUACCACGUGUGUAAACAGACGCGACACGAGCUUCAAAAUGGAAUACAUACUUCAAACGGGUUCAUAUCUAAGCAUUACGCCGAAUCAUUAUAAGUUUUCCACCAAGCACAAGCAUUACCGUCGUCAUUCCUUCGAAUUCAGAUCUCUAGAUUACCGUUUGCCAUUGCCUCGUUUCACACCUUUUAAUCAACAAGCAUUAUAACCGACACACGACUAGCGAGUCAGCUAGCUAAUGC